GAGAGCGAGAAAGAGAGAGAGAGAGAGAAAGAGAGAUAGGAAGGCAACAGCGCAGAGAGACGCAAAGGGGAGAGAUAAAAUUGCCUGAAGCUAAAGUUUGUGGAGAGAGCUUUGAGGCUCAGUUUGUCUCAUUCCCUUCUCAAAGCAAGCUUAAAGAAAAGCCCUCUAACCACCUCACAGAAAAAGACAAGGAUUUAACCAAGGAAAGAGUGUGUGAAGGGAACAAGAGAGGAGAAGAAGGACUAACUGCUCCAAAAUCAUCGAGUGGAUGCUGCCAUACUCAGUAUCAGAUUUCACAAAAUGAGAGACCACUACAAGAGCGCUUCUGCAGAGCUCAACCAACCAAGCAAGGAUGCCAGCUGCUAGCAUCAUGACUGGUGGGAGAGCGCUGCUGCUCUGUACAAACACAGAGAACUGCAUCUACCAGUCAGUCAACGGGCUCCAGUGCUGUGGCUUGCCACUUGAAGAGGCGCGAUCUGUGGUGUCCCAGAGGCCAGACCUGUGCAGGGUUGUGGACAGCCAGUCCCCCCUCACGUCCCUGGACAACCUCAGCCAUUAUCCAGGGAACACCAACAUGCUUGCCCAUAACACACAGACCAGCAGUCGCCCAGUUGAAAAUGGUUUGGGUGGCUGCAACAAGCCCCCCAGGACUCCUUCAGGGGUCAAAAGCACAGCCAGCAUUAGGGACAAGAUCUCCCAGUGGGAGGGCAAAACAGAGAAUGUUGGGCCAAAUCUGCAGGCAGUGGUUCAGAAAGAGUCUGAAAGUGUGAAAAAGAAGGAAGUGAAAAUUACAGAGGUACAAAGGAGAGACAGUAAAAGAGCUUUUAGCUCAGAGAAACAAGACACUGGUAAAGAGAAUGGGAAUAAGUUUGGAGAUCCAAGGACAACUAUGGAAGCAUGUACAAAGGAGAGGGAGGUUAUACUAGACAAAGUGCUUGCGGGGAAAACAACUGAGACCAUCCAGGAUAAAAAGUCUGUUUUGACGCACAUAAAGAAACUUGAGCAGGCUAUGAAGGAGAGCCCCACUAAGCCUUGUUUGCCAGGUAACUAUUUCUGUCCACCUUCUAAAGAGAGGCAGGAGGAAGGGGAGAGGGUGGCUACUGAGCCCAUCUUUGGAACUCUGGAUGUGGUGAGGCCUGGGAGCCGCCGUGGCUGGAGCAGAGACUCUGAGAACGUGUACACUGAACCUGGGGCUCCAAACAUCAACCCUCUCCCCAAACCCCAGCGCACAUUUCAGCAUCACACCCAAUCAAACAGCCCCGGAAUAACCCAAGGCUCAGUGAUGGGCAGGCGCAAUCUGCCACCUUUGCCCACCAUCCCCCCUCCACCACUGCCCUCCUGCCCACCACCACCAGGGCUCUGUCCGAGGCCUCGGUCUGAACGAGCUCGGGACUCUAACAAUAGGAAGUCAUAUGAGUUUGAGGACCUGUUGCAGUCUUCCAUGGAGGGCUCUCGAGUGGAUUGGUAUGCUCAGUCCAAGCUGGGUCUCACACGCACUUUAUCAGAGGAGAAUGUCUAUGAGGAUAUCUUAGAUCUCCCAUCAAAAGAAAACCCAUAUGAAGACAUAGAAUUGGAAAGCCGUUGUGCUGGAAACAAAUUACCUGUGUCUACAACACCUUUCUCUCCUAAUCUUGACACCCCAACUAAGCUCUCCUCCAAGCCUGGGUUCUUUAGACAGAACUCAGAACGGUGCAGCUUCAAAUUGCUUGACCUGCGUAAGACUAACAGAGAUGGGGGCAUAGCAUCACCCUUGAAGAUAAGUCCGCCUUCAACCCCCAGCAGUCCUGAUGACACGCCCUGCCUCUCAGGAGACCCCUACAACCGCAGAAGAAAGAAAAUCCCCAAGAUGGUGUUGAAGAUCAAUGGCAUCUUCGAGGCCAGGAGGGGAAAGAAGAGGAUGAAGCGAGUCUCGCAGUCGACUGAAUCCAAUUCAGGCAGAGUGACAGAUGAAAACAGUGAAUCGGAAAGUGACACGGAAGAAAAACUGAAAGCUCACAGCCAAAGGCUGGUGUCCGUGCAGUCCAUGCUACGGCAGACGGGCCGCUAUCGCACAUUGGAGAGGGACCUGCAGGACCUGCAGGAGAGGAAGCUCUUCGAGUGCUUCCUAGUGGUGGCACUGCACAAGGCCAAAGCAGGAGCACCUUAUUUGCCUGAGGUCACCCAGCAGUUCCCACUUAAGCUUGAGAGGAGUUUCAAGUUUCUGCGGGAGGCUGAGGACCAGGUGAAGGUCAUCCCUCAGUUCUGCUUCCCUGAUGCCAAAGACUGGGCUCCUGUGGACAUCUUCCCCAGUGAGACCUUCUCAUUUGUCCUGACGGGUGAAGAUGGGAGCAGGCGGUUUGGCUACUGUCGGCGUUUAUUACCCAGUGGAAAGGGUCGGCGUCUGCCUGAAGUCUACUGCAUUGUCAGCCGCCUGGGGUGCUUUGACCUCUUCUCAAAGAUGCUGGAUGAGGUGGAGAAGAGGAGGGCCAUCUCCCCAGCUCUGGUGCAGCCAUUCAUGAGGAGUGUCAUGGAGGCUCCCUUCCCAGCCCCGGGCAGGACCAUUACUGUGAAGAACUUCCUGCCAGGCUCAGGCACUGAGGUCAUAGAGCUGUGUCGCCCUUCUGACUCCCGUCUGGAGCAUGUGGACUUUGAGUGUCUCUUCUCCUCUUUGAGUCUACGGCUUCUCCUGAGAGUGUUUGCCUCAUUGCUCCUGGAGCGGAGGGUCAUCUUUACCGCAGACAGGCUUAGCAUCCUGUCUCAGUGCUGUCAUGCAAUGGUGGCCCUGUUAUAUCCCUUCACAUGGCAGCACACAUACAUCCCGGUGUUGCCCCCUUCCAUGAUGGACAUUGUGUGCACUCCAACUCCUUUCAUUGUGGGCCUGCUGUCGAACUCUCUGCCUCGCCUUAAGGAACUUCCCCUAGAGGAGGUCCUGGUUGUUGACCUUGGCAAUAGUCGUUUCCUACGACAGAUGGACGAUGAGGACUCUAUUCUGCCCCACAAGCUACAGGCUGCCCUGGAACAAGUUCUGGAGAGGAGGAAAGAGUUUGCCAGCGAAAGAAGAGACCUUGCCACUGAACACUGCACUCUGAGCACUGUGGUGUCAGAAGCCUUUGUUCGCUUCUUUGUAGAAGUAGUCGGACACUAUCCUCUCUUCAUGGGAAGCAGCGAGCGUGACGAAGAAUCCUCAGCCUCCUCUUCCUCCUCCCCCACCCCUUCAUCUUUCCAGCGUGAGGCCUUCCGCAAGGCUGUGUCCUCCAAGAGCUUGCGGCGCUUUCUGGAAGUCUUCAUGGAGACGCAGAUGUUUGCAGGCUUUGUGCAGGAGAGGGAGUUGCGGAGGCCAGGACUAAAAGGACUGUUUGAGGUGAGAGCUCAAGAUUACUUAGACUCCUUGCCUGGAGCUGAGAAUCGAGGCGUCAACAAGUUUCUGAAAGGUCUAGGACACAAAAUGAAAUUCCUCUCCAAAAAGUAAAAAAACCCAAAAACCUCUCCGAAAGAGUGUCUCUAGGCUGGGAGGAGCAAUAAAGUGCACCAAACCACAGACUGCCCCUGCUUCACAGACUGCCCCUGCUCCACAGACUGCCCCCGCUCCACAGACUGCCCCCGCUCCACAGACUGCCCCCGCUCCACAGACUGCCCCCGCUCCACAGACUUUCCACGCUCCACAGACUGAUUCUGAAAAGACUCAGUAGCCAGAGUCGUUUCAACAGCACUGAUACUGAGUGGAAUGGCAUAAGCUCAACAAUGAAAUGACUUUGCACAGUGUUACUCUCCCUUUUACCUCCCACCAGUACAGUCUUCAUUUCCCAUGGUAAACUGCUUAUUUGUGUAGUGUGGAUAAAACCACUCCCCAUUCAAUAUUCUAUAUGGCUUGAGAAAGAACUGACAUAUAGGUUUUGACCAAAGUUUACAUUCUGAUGUACAGUUCUCCUUUUUCACAUUUACACCAUUUUCUUCUUAUCUACUUUUUUGGGUAAGAAACAGAGUAUGUUUUUUUUUUCCUUUAAGGGGGGGGGGGGUGAUGAAUUAAUUUAUAUUCUUUCUAGAAAAAAAAUACCUUUAUAAUUUCCUCUGUAAAACUUUGUUGCCUUUAAUAUCAAAACAAACAGUUGUUAGUUUUAUUGUAGACUAUUUAUCAUAGUAUAUUCUGAACAUGAGCUUGUUUUGAUUGUAUGAGUAAAACACCACUGUCUGGUCAGUUAUGUUGGAGUGUGGUUUGACAGAGGAGGAAAGCAUUGAGAAUGAACUAGGAAUGGCUGGAGAUGGAAAGCUUAAUGGAUGCACUUCAGCAUCAGUGACCUGUCCUGUGAGAUCCUGCACACAAGUCUAAACAUGUGGGAUCAGACUGGCCAAAGGACGUGAAUUAGAUGUUCUCUGUUUGUUCUCUUGUUAAGGACAUUUGAAAAAGACCACUUGGUUUGUUUUUAACUUGAUUUGAAAUACAUGCUGAUCUGCUAUGUAAAUGUGUAAUAGCUUCAAAUUGAUUUGUCUAAAAAUAUUCCCAGUUUACAUUUUGAAUUGUUGCUAUUUGUAAAUCAACAAUGGACAACAUUUACUAAACGUCAAUGGGGUGAGUGCUGAUCAAAGAUUUCUGCUCUUGAUCAGUAGGUUUAGAUCAUGGUUGAAGCUAUUAGAUCAGUCCAGUUAGAGGGACGAUCUGAACUGACUCUAGAUCAGUAAUGUUUUUCUGAGAUGCUUGUUAAACAUGGGUCAGUGAUACUAUAAGGGUCUAGCUUCAGUCUGUGCCACUGGGGGUCACUAAAGAGAGAACUACUUUUUCUUGUGUGACUUUUUAAAUUUAUUUUUUAUUCCUGUUGAUGGUAGUGUUGGAUGUUUUCAUCUUGUUUAAAACCAAAAGUCAAUGCUCUUACUUAUUUGCAUGCUUUUUUUCUCCAUUUCAAAUCACCAUUUACAUGUAUAUAAUUAUUUCAUGCAUUUGAAUAAUUUAAUUUCUUUAGUAUUGCCUUGAAGUGUACCUCUAACAUCAUGGUACUGUGGUACUAGGGCAAUGGCCAGUCACUUCAUGGGUGACCAACAGCUGAAGCCAACAUCUAUACUCCAACAUCUGUGAUGUAUUGAGAGCUGUAUAUGCACUUGCACUCACACUUUUAGUUAACUCCCCCAGACAAGCAAAUGAACAUGUACAAGUAGCCCAAGUUCAUUAGAAUGUAAUCACACACAAACACAAAGAAGCACAGUGUCAAUACAUAAAAUGGGUAUUUUUGUGGGUAUAGAUAUAUCUUAUUGUUUUUAUAUUGUGACAAAUUCAGUUUCAUAGUUAUUACACAUUUUUUUUAAUGAAGAUCAGGUUGUUUAAAGCAAUUAAAGUGUAUUAAAUAAAAUGAUUUUAACAGAAUAUUGUAACUGACUAUGAUGAGUCAAAAAUAACCAAAAAACUACAGACUUGUGUCACUAAUGAUUUGUUGUUGUUGUUCAGAAUACUGAGUAAUUUCUGUAUAAGUUAAAUUAAUAUUUAUGAGUUAAACAUGACAAAAGGAAAAGUCCCACUAAAGCAGGGUCCAGCAUAUAAAGGAUUUGAUCAUUUGGUGUUGAGUUAAAUCAGGUUUUAUUAGCAAUGUAGUCAGUUGCACAACGGCACUUCAUGACCGGAGAACCCUCUAAUGCAGGUGUUCUCAACUGCAGCCCUGUGCCCCCGCUGCCCUGCACAGGUCCAGGGUUUGCCAUUGAGCUGGUUCAGGUGUGAUAGAGAUCGUUUAAAACUGUGCAGGCCACUGGAGCUGAGAACCCUGGAUCUUAUCUAUGAAAACUUAAUCAUCAUCUAUAUAGAAAUAAAAAUUGGAAAAAUAUCUCUGUUUGAAUUAAUAUGGGUGAAAUUUAUUUACUACAACUAAUCUGAAUUUUGGAAGCAAGAAUGUCUAUUUGGCAGUGAAUUAGGUAAUUUAUAUAGCAAUUACAGAAACUAAAAUUUCAAGUUCUUAUUCAAGUUGGCAAAUUCAAUUUUGAAAAUUCAGUUUUGAAUGAGAACACAGGUCACAAGUUCAGUGUCUCCAUAAAAAAGUGUUGUUUUUUUCAAACUCACCCCUAGCCAAUUACAAAGGCACUAUGAACUAAAAAAGUGGUUCUGCCAUGAUCAUGUGUAUAGAUCCAAAGAACUGCUUCUGACAUA